AUGAAAGGCCUACAAUGUGCCCAUAUCCAAACCUACUUGAUCAGAUUUAAAUUACAGCAUUGAAUUUACUUAGGGACAUUUUUGUCAAAGAACUUAUUAUUGAAAAAUCAAGAAGUCGACUCUUAUUACAAAAGCAAAUCCGAGCUCAUCAAGAAGAAAAAGUAUAUGGCACCAAUUAUUACUCAAAAGUAUGAAAAAAUGAUUGGGAUAUAA